UAACAAAACAACAAAUCGAUUGACAGAAUUACCAUAUGAAUAAAUAAUGCAUGUAUAGCCUAUCAGUAAGUAAGUGAAUAAGUGAACAGAUAAAUAGGCGAUCGAUUUACGUGCAUUUGUAUACAAACCCGGUAAACCGGUAUUGGCAGUUUUGUUUAUGUUCUCCGGGCAACGGAUUAUGUUUAAUCGCUUUCAAUUCUUGGUACAAAGAUUACUCCAUAUGAACGGAACAUUUGCAUAUAUAAUGGACAGGAGUGAAAUGUCAUCAUGGUCAUACACUGAUAUGAAGAAACACACUGACGUCGGUGACUCAUUCUGGAGUUUUGGAAAAGAGCAGGACUUCAAGCCUCACAUUAGACACAUCGAGCCUGUUCUUACUGAAUGUGAUCUUGACUGGAAAUCCCAUUUGCGCUGGAUUCCUGAACCUCGAUACAGUGAUGCCCCAUUUCCACACAUCAAAGACAUAAAGUUUCCUCAUGAAAGGAAACUGAUGAGAUCCUUUCCACAGGCAAAUAUGAUGUCUGAAUCCGAGUGGAGCUUUUAUCCAAACUUUGGACAGCCCAAGACCUAUCACACUGGAAAGAGAUGUUUUACGGAUGGCGUUAAUCAUACGAGAAGCAUGAGAUGCAUUUCAGAAAAUUCCCUGGAAUCAUCCAUAGGGAGGAAAAAGCAGGGCAAAUGCAGCAUCUACCCAUUAAAAAAGGUCAGGCCAUUUCUAGUUCCUGAGUACAGUCCUGGGUUUCACAAAUAUGAAUCAACACUACUCAGGACCACUUUUGGGUCUGGAUCUUUUGCCACAUUUCAAUCAAAAAACAUCAGUCCAACAUAUGCAGAGAAACGUAAAAGUCGUCUGCGAGAGGAGGACAUUCUUGAAGUCCAGAGUCUGAGCAGUUGGAGGCCAGCACCAGACAUCUAUGACAGGACCGUGUUGCAGCACACCUAAUUUGGAAGGUGCUGAAACCAUGCUUACAUAUAUUUAUUGUUCUUAUGUGUUGUUAUUGUUAGUGUUUUCUCUUUAGUUAGACACUAUCGAAGUGUAGAAACAUAAAAUGCAUUUUCUUUCCUUUAACACCACCUCACGUCUUUCCAUUGAGUAUAUCUUACAAUAUUUAGUUAUGGUUUAGCGCGAGAAAGGACUGAAGCAUUAUUUGAUAGGAAGAGGAUUAGGGCCAAGCAAUAAUAAAAAAUUAAAACCAUCUCGAGAUUAAAGUUGUUAAAUUUCGAGAAAAAACUUGUUGUAAAAUGUUGAGAAUAAACUCAUUAAGU